AUGUUUGCCAAGGCCUUUCGGGUCAAGUCCAACACGGCCAUCAAGGGGUCGGACAGACCCCUCCUGCCCCCUCCCCACUUUGUUGCUGUGCAGACACAGGCGCUUUUUGAUCUUUCAGUGUACACCUUGUGGUCCUGUCCUGACCUCCUCCCAGUGUUCACAACGUGGCCUCCGGUGCUCGAAAAACUGGUGGGGGGAGCAGAUUUGAUGCUGCCGGGUCUCGUGGUGCCCCCUGCUGGUCUGCCUCAGGUACAGAAGGGUGACCUCUGUGCCAUUGCCUUGCUGGGGAACAGAGCCCCCGUCGCCGUUGGAGUUGCUGCCAUGGCCACAGCCGAGAUGCUCGCUUCAGGCUUGAAGGGCAGGGGCUUCUCUGUGCUCCACACCUAUCAGGACCACUUGUGGCGAUCUGGAGACAAGUCUUCUCCACCUUCCCUUGCUCCGCUGGCCCUGGAUCCCCCAGAUCUCAGUGAAGAGAAGGGGUCUGUCCAGGAAGACCCCGCCCUGCAGGGAGACCUGAGGCGCCUGACCUUGGAGGGAGAGGAAGAGGAGAAUGGGGAGGUUCAGCAGAUGUGCGGGGAGAAGGCCCUGUCAGAAGCCUCGGAAGACCCCAGCAUCAGGGGCCUGAACCCAGAGCCCACAGACAGCAAGACCCUUCAAGAGCAAAUGGAUGAACUGGUACAGCGAUGCUUUUUGCAUGCUUUAAAAUGCCAAGUCAGAAAAGCUGACCUCCCUUUACUCACCAGCACGUUCCUUGGCAGCCACAUGUUGUCCUGCUGCCCUGAAGGACGACAGCUGGACAUGAAGAAGUCCAGCUACAAAAAGCUCUCUAAGUUCCUGCAGCACAUGCAGCAGGAGCAGAUUAUCCAGGUGAAGGAGCUGAGCAAAGGGGUGGAGAGCAUCGUGGCUGUGGACUGGAAGCACGAGAGGAUCACAUCUUUCGUCAUAGCUGAGCCCUCCCCGGCCUCCCAGACAAUCCAGGAGGGUAGCAGGGAACAGCCCUAUCACCCUCCAGAUAUAAAAUCCCUCUACUGUGUCCCAGCCAGCAUGACUCUGCUCUUCCAGGAGUCUGGCCACAAGAAGGGGAGCGUUCUCGAGGGCGGUGAGGUCCGGACGAUCGUCAUCAACUACGUCAAGAAAAACGACCUGGUUGAUGCGGACAACAAAAAUCUUGUGAAAUUGGAUCCCAUCCUAUGUGACUGCAUCUUAGAGAAAAACGAACAGCACACAGUCAUGAAGCUUCCAUGGGACAGUCUCCUGACCAGAUGUUUGGAAAAAUUGCAGCCGGUGUAUCAAGUGACUUUUCCAGGACAAGAGCCCAUUGUGAAGAAAGGCAAAAUCUGCCCAAUUGACAUCACCUUAGCACAGAGAGCAUCUAAUAAAAAGGUGACUGUGGUCCGGAACUUGGAGGCCUAUGGCCUGGACCCAUGUUCAGUGGCUGCCAUCCUCCAGCAUCGAUGCCAGGCUAGCACGACUGUCACUCCUGCCCCUGGGGCCAAGGACAGCCUGCAAGUCCAGAUCCAGGGGAACCAGGUCCAUCACCUCAGCCGGCUGUUGCUUGAAGAGUAUCAGCUUCCUCGAAAAUACAUCCAAGGCCUAGAAAAGGCCCCCAAACCUGGCAAGAAGAAGUAACAGACUCUUGUUUCAUGCGGACGAGCCAGUGGAAAUACAAGCUCUGGGCUGGUAAUUUAUAUGAGCAUUUCCAGCUUUUACAAAUGAAACCAUAUAAUUCUUUACCAAAAUAAAUUUUUAUUCUAAUCUAAA